GUCAGUUCGUCUACUACUGCUCCCAGUUGCGUCUGCAGUGCGUUCCUGCCGCCUACUGCGCCUCAGCUGUACAGGCGUAUGGUUGCGCGUACGGAUCAGUCUGUUGCAGGGCCACGGCGACACAGCAGCAGAGCGGCUGCAGUUCUCGAUACGGAGGGCGAUGUUUGAGCUUAAAUAUUGGCUGUGCUGGCACAGCGUAUAACGGGUAUGGUCUUUGUCCGUAUGGAACCCAGCAAAAGUGCUGCAUAAUCACCGGAACUGGGACUGGCACAGGCACCGGAACUGGGACGGGGACAGGCACUGGAACAGGAACUACCAGCACAGGAAGUGGAACACCGGUCAAUGACAAAAUUUGUGGUAUUCCCGGCAAGACCAGCCGUAUCAUCAAUGGUCAAAACGCAAGGGCAGGCUCCUGGCCCUGGCAAGUGUCCCUGAGAACGUUCUGCCAGCCGGGGAACAACCAGAGACGCCAUUGCUGUGCAGGAACAUUAAUCAGCAGCCGAUGGGUGGUCACGGCUGCUCACUGCUUUAAGGAUUUCAAGUACCCCAGUCAGUAUAACGUGGUAGCAGGCGACACGGACCAGUACGUGAACGAGGGCACGGAGCAGGUGCUGCAGGUUGAACGGAUCAUUACGCACCCACAAUACAACGCAAUGACAUUCUACAAUGACAUCGCUCUGAUGAAGCUGAAAACGGACGUUGACUUCACCUCCCAGUACGUGCGGCCAGCGUGUUUGCCCUCCCAAGGAACAAACUAUGAGGGGAAAAUGUGCUGGAUUGUGGGAUGGGGAGACACCAAAGGAACUGCCGCCCAGAAUAAACUCCAGCAACUCCAGGGGCAAAUCUGGACGGCCACCCAGUGCCGCCAAGUGCCUGACUGGUCAUUUAAACUGAACCCCAACAUCCAACAGUGCUUUGGGGAUGGCGUCCGUACAGCUUGCCAGGGUGACAGCGGCGGCCCCAUCCUGUGUCAAGAGAACGGCAAGUACAGCGUGGUCGGUGUGACGUCACACGGCACCCAGAACUGUUACGUCCCCGGGGUCCCCAGUAUCUUCAGUAAAGUCAGCAGCUUCACUAGUUGGAUACAGAGUACGAUUGCCAAGUACCCAUAGGCUGACGUCACAUUUCAAUUAUUGG